AUGAGUAGCCAUAGUGGUCCUAUUCGAGCCGGAUCUCAGAGCCAGAUCCAAGAAGUCCUGCGCGACGACGAGCAAGUCCCAGGCGCUGAGUGUAGACGGAGCUCGCGGUCUACCAAAGGGAGACCGCCGAGCAGAUACGGGUUUGAUAACUGGAGUGACGUCCCGGACAGCGUGAGCUCUGCAGGACAUGCGCCCUCGAAAGUUUCAGGAACUGCUGCGUCGCAGGCGUCACUUCGUGCAGAGAUGCUUCGUGUAGAACUUGAGGCUGCAAGGCAAAUCGCUGAGCUGGAGGAGGAAGCCGAGACACGCAAGUUGGCUCGUGAGACAAGUUUGGUGCAGAGGGAACUGGAGGUUCGAAGAGCCGAGGCUGAAUCUGCAGCUGCACUACGAUCCGGGUCAGGGAGCAAAGUGUCGUCUCGCAAAUCAGAGACUGGAAACGCUGCAUCCAGUGGCAGGGCAAUAUUGACUGCCAAGAGUCUUGCUGAGCACGACAAGUUGGCCGGACCUGGUCGAAAAUUCGUAUUACCACCGCGUGAGCACUUCAGAACGAUGAGUGAUGUCGGUGGAGUGAACGGACAACGCGACCACGGCAAGCCAAGGAGUUUGCAAGGUACGUUUCGUACUGUGAAUGCGCCCACACAACCUGAGGCUGUAUUAGGUGUGGCGGAAGACAGCCCAGCUCAGUCAAGUACAUGUAGUGUCAAUGCGUUUGGCGUGCCUGCCCUGGGGCCAGUGGCGCAAGCAUUCAUGCGCGCGCCCGCUCAAAAGUCUGUGACCAGUACAGUGCUGUCAGUAGUGCCAGCCAAGAAGUCAAUGGCCAGUGGUGCGCCUGUAGGACGUACUACAGUGUCCAUACAGGCAGCUAGUAAUGCAGUGCCUGUACAGCCAGCAAUAAGCAGUGCAGCAGUACAAUCAAGACUGCCUGGCAGUAACAAGAAGGCAGUAUCAAUGCUGAAUGCAACACCACCAUGGCAUACACCACAGAAGCAUACAGCAGUGGCCAAACAGCAGCCACCAACACCAGUGGCAGUGCAAGAACACUCCAAGCAGGUGCUAAACCCGCAAGCAGAGUCCUUCAUGCCCUAUCCACCUCAACUGCAGACACUACACCCUGCUAGUUUCAGCUUUCACGUGAAGCCACUGGAGCUACCAAAGUUCUCUGGCAAGACUAGUGACUACGACCGGUGGAAGCAGAACUUCCGCCGCGUUGUUGACGAAGAUCCACUAACGACUGAAGCGUACAAACUUGCACAACUGCGUGAGUGUCUCAUGCAUGGCACGGCCAGCGACCUUGUUGAUGGCGUGCUUGACGGUCCAGGAGCCUACCACACCAUCCUUAGGGAGCUAGAUGCAUGGUAUGGCGGCGACAAUCGCACUGUUGAGCGCCAAGAGAAGGAGAUUUUGCAGUGGCCGAAGCUAAAAGAGUCAGACGACAACUUUGCCAAGUUUGUCCUCAGACUCCGGACGAUGCUCAUGAAUAUGGAGAUGUGUGCAGUAACACCGGGCCGUGAGUUGUACCUAUCGGUUACGCAGAAGUUGCCGAAAUCGCUGUUGCUUAGGUACAUGGAGAAGUAUGACGAUGCUGACUGUGAUAUUUACCAGCUAACACAGUGGCUCCUCAGACGCGUCAACACACUACGCCGUGCCGAUGAACGACUCCGGUCGACAGAAGUCACUGCCUCAGCACCAGCACCAGCAAGAUCAUGGUCGAAGCAGAGUGCUACAAAGUCUGAACGAACAUUUGUGGCAACUAGCAAGGAUGCAGGUGCCGACAGAAGCUGCCCCUCGUGUGGCAAGGCGCAUCAGCUCCACCGCUGCCCCGAUUUCAUCAAGAUGGAGGUCAGGGACCGAUGGAAAGUCAUCAAGUCCAAGCCAGAUGUCUGCGCCCUAUGCUUCGGUCUCAAUCAUCGCGCAAAGACUUGUACCAAGCAACCCUGUUCAAAGUGCAGCCGCACGCAUCAUGACAUGCUACACUACAACAUCCGACGCUCGGAUUCCGCUGCAGACCCAUCAAAUGCCGCAAUCAAGGCCAACGCAGCUUCGGCCAGCAGUGGCGGUCCUGCCAAGAUUGCUACAACACAUUGCGCAAGUCAUCAGCCAGAGAUUGACAGUGGUGAGUCAUUCAUGGUUGUGCCUGUUGUAUUCCGACACAAUGGUGUGAGCCUCCAAGGUAAUGCACUCCUGGACCCAGCAUCGUCCACGAGUUAUGUCCAGCAGUCCGUGGCAACAGCCCUCAAUGUGCGUGGACCCAAGCGGCAGCUCGUCACUUCCGGAGUAGGCGGCAAGCAGACCGCAGCAAGACGUGAGCAUGUACAGAUCCAAGUGGCGGCUCUGGGCGACAAGACCAUGAACAAGCUUGAAGCUUGGGUUCUGCCCACCGUCACCGUGCCAUUACCGGCAGUGAACUGGAAUCAGAACAAGAGCAGCUGGCCGCAUCUCAGUGAUAUUGACUUCCCAUCCAUCAAGGGCAGUCAGAUCGACGCGCUUAUCGGCCUGAAUGCCAUCGAGCUUCAUGCUACUCUAGAAGAACGGCGAGUAGAAACAGCAAGAGCGCCCAUUGCUCGACGAACUCCUCUCGGGUGGGUGUGCAUUGGUACAGGAGUCGACACCACUCGUGCAAUCACAGCUACUACACCAGCUACUGACACACUGCUAACUGAUGGGCUGACCGAGCUAGUCGAGAAGUUCUGGCGAGAUGAGUCGGCGGGCACAGAUAACCCACUAGAGGAGACGCCUUCACCCGAUGACAGAAGAGCCGAGGAGCUCACGAGCCAAUCAAUCAGCUGCAACGGCAACCGGGUAACUGUCCGAAUCCCAUGGGUCAAUGACAGCGGUAAGCCACGUGUCAAGUCCAACAGAGCUCAGGCUGAGCAGCGGCUCCGCAGUCUACAACGCUCGCUACAGUCACGGCCAGCCGUGAAGCAGCAGUACUCUGACGUUAUGCAGAAACACAUUGCCAAGGGUUACGUGAGACGCGUGGACCCGGAUGAGGUAGCCAAAGACGGCAACGACCAGUGGUACCUACCCCAUUUCCCGGUAGUACGCUCAGAUAAAUCCACGUCAAAAGUGAGAAUAGUAUUUGACGGUGCAGCCCGCUGGGAUGGACACUCCAUCAACGAUGAGAUGUUUACAGGUCCUGCACUUCAAAACGACAUGACCAGUGUGUUGAUCCGAUUCUCACUGGAACCAGUUGCGCUUGUUGGUGAUGUGUCGGAGAUGUUCCUCCAAGUCAAACUGGCGGAACGUGACCAGCGCUAUCAUCGCUUUCUGUGGUAUGAUGACAAUGGCCAAGUGCAGGUGUAUCAGUUCACCCGUGUGCUCUUCGGCGCUAAGGCGUCACCGUAUCUGGCAGGACGAGCGGUGAAAGAGGUCAUCAAGCACCACGGUGAUGAGUACGACUCUGACGUCGUGCAGUGCCUAAGGCUGUGUUUACAUGAAGCGUUUCAACCCGGGUUGAGUUCGACCCGGACUUUCAACCCGGGCUGA